UUAGUUUAGUUUUUUAUUGAAAAAAAUUAAGGACCGACAUCAAUCAGCUAUUUAAACGAAACAUGUUUACUUUAAUGUAAAAUCGCAACAUAAAAAUCUAACCGAAUAAACAACUGUCGGUUAAGGUCCCUCGCAGCAGUCUCGGCUCCUCCGCUGGUCCGGAAAACUCCGGAAAGUUCUGGAGCCGGUAAAGAAGUUUCACCGGAACCGGCGCGCUCAUUCAGAGUAGUUUUCACCGUGGUCGUGUUGGCGGUACGUGGCUGAGAGCUCGUGAGUAACAAUCGGAAAACCUUUAAAAGAUAAACGUUCACCGGCUCCUCUGUUUUUACUGACACAUUGAACGUGGCCGUCGAUGUUUACCGUGUUAUUUACCAUUAAUCUGUAAAGCGCUAACGUUUAAACGGGUUCACGGUACGAGCUGGUACAGCAACGUCACAUCAUUUCCUGCCCUAGUGUAAAACGACGGUUAAGCGCAAAUGGCUGUUGUAACGUUUUCGUGGCCCUGCUGGAUUUUAAUGCUCGUUGUCGUCGCCACCGCGUCCACUUUCGCCGCUUCAGACCAGCAGAUCGUAGGACAUCCUGGGAUGAGUGUCACUCUGACAUUUCAGGUUCCCACUGGCACCAAAUCUGUAUGGCUAAAAAGACUUCCCAAUGAGAAAUAUAUCUCCUACUGCCAAGACUUAACACCAACACGUCCCAGUGACCAGGAGGAGUCAUUUAAGGGUCGGGUGGAGGGGAUGGACUGUAGCAAUAUCAGGGGCACCGUCUCUGUAACGUUGAAGAACCUGACCAGAAACGACAGUGGGACAUACGAGCUUCAAGUGGUGGACCAUGGUAGACAGCUCUUUAAUAAAACUGUCUUCCUGAAUGUUACUGACCCAGGUCAACCAGGAAGACACACAGAAGAUGGAGGGAAGGAGGCUGAAUCUGUUGGACUCACAGUGGGAGUUGGUAGUUUGUUGAUCUUUGUAGUCUUGGCUGGGAUAAUUUAUAAAUUCGUUACAUGCAAGGAGAAAAAUUCACACGACCUUCCUCCUGAUCAAGACGUUUGACUGAAGCAAACCUUUUUUUUCUGUAAGUCGGUGUAACAAAUUGAAAAGAGACGGAGAGGAGUGGUUUUAUUUUUUUCAUGAAUACAUUAACUGCACUCUGGGUUUGGCCCUCUCAACAUCAGACAAACCAGACUUUCCUGCAGCGUUAUCCUGUCAUUAAGAUGAUGACCACAGCAGCAGGACGGACACAUCUCCGAGUUCCUUUAACUUCAGCUUUAAGAGUAGAUUAAACACAUGAUCAACGGGUCGUGGAGAGAGCUUAACUUUCCUGGUACAAUUAUAAACUGUAUAAAUGAAGGACUUGGACACGGUGACACCAACCUUUGGUUAGACUCCACAUUUGAAAGCCUCCAUGUGUGGGUUGAUAAGUUUAUCUCCAGCAUCCAGGUGGAUGUUAAAAAAAUCACCCCUGUAGAGUUUGUAUAAAGUAAGAAACUGUCCAGAGAGAAUGAACCUGUUUUUAUACCUGUGCAAAGGUGGACAUUUGAACCUGUAUGUAUUUACUUAUGGAGACACCUUAUCAUGAAAUCUGUUGUGUAGUAUUUAAGAUGCUAAAAACAUGCUAAUAUAUGAAAUUUGUUUCUUUGUUUUUGUUUUUUUUAAAUGAAAUUAUUUGAUUUUACAUGUUGUCUAAUUGUGUUAAUGAUUGAAGUAAAUAUUUGUGGGGGGGUUUUCUGA